ACAUUACCGAGAAUGGCCUAAAAUUGGUCGAUUUGGAAUUGGUUUGCCAUCGUGGCUGAUAAAUAAUGCACUUUAUAAAAGUGGUUCCACUUUGCAGACUGACUGAAUUCUGACCUAAUGAACGAAUACCUAGCAAGUUUCUUUUAUGCGUAGGCAGUUAUUGUAAGAAGCCUUAGUGUUCUCUAGAACUCCUAUCUGUACACAAGUCUUUUGUAUAACUGGUAUAAACUCUCUCCCUUCCAUGCUAAUCUCUAUUCAUAACUAUCCAAACAAAAGCUGAAGUGAAAACAAGGAGAGUGAAAUAAUGGGUUCAAUCUGUACAUGCAUGUAUGCUCAGCCGGUUGUAUUGACACCAUCAGUACCUACCCUUCUAAACCAAAAUUCAUAGUAUUGUCCUGGCAAUGAGACAACAACCUCAUUUGCUUCUGAUCCAGGCUUGUGUACAGUCAUAUAUAUGCCUUUCUCUAUACAGUAUUUCAAUUAUUGAAAGGUAUACAGUAUCUGUCAGUGUUCGACUGAGACAACAGUGUGGCUUUAUAUUUUGGAGCUUUAAAGGAAUUAUUUGAUUGAAUUGACUGCUUGGUAAUGCAGAUGUAGUGAGAGCCUUGUUAGUAUCAGGCGUAGAUCCAUCUAUCAAAGACGGUCAAGAACAGACGGCUUACGACAUCGCUAAACCUUCCAAACAACUCACAAUGGUCUUCCAUGAUGUCCUACUGCAGUCCAUUGCACAGUCAAAGACAGAGCAAGUAAAGGCGUUGUUGAGCAGUGGUCUUGAUAUCAACCAAAAAGAUGAAGCUACAGGAGGAAACACAGCUCUUCAUUGGGCUGCUAGCUUCUCCGGAAUAGAUAUCAUUAAAAUACUAUUAGAGCACAACCCUGAUGUGAAUGCGAUCAAUUCCGAUGGGACGACACCCUUACAUGAUGCUGUCCUGAGAGGGGAUGUAGACAUUGUAAAGGAGUUGGUAGCACAUGGUGCAGACAUCAAUGCUAAAGCAACAGGAGGUAAAUCUGAAGGAAAGAGUCCUUUAGAUUUAGCCGAGGAUAAUCGAGAGCUGAAGGAUGUCUUAGCUCCUCCUGUCAUCAUGAAUGGACAUGUAGAGAAUGGACAGAAUGGUGUAUCAACAGAACAGUCCGAGGAUGCUGACAAUGUGCCUUUCUUUUCAGUCACUUUGGAGACAGAGGAGGAGGAGAAGGCUGAGGAGGAGAAGGAAUCAUCUGUCAAGGAUGAUUCUACUACCACACCGGAGCAGGCUGCCAGUCCUCAAGUAUCAUCAUCAGUCCAAGAUGAGGAUGAGGAGGAAGAUGAGGUUGAGAUUGAUCUUGAGACGAUAGAAGGAGAAGAGGAGGAGGAGGAGGAUGUUGAAGUGGAUCCUAGACUGACCUUCCUCUGGCCCCAACCUCAGCAGGUCAUCCAGAAGAAUGGAGACAGAUUUAUUCUCAGUCAAGAUUUCAGUGUACAGCUAGCAGCCAUUCCACAAUCAGGUACCCUUGAACCUAUGGUUGACCUCUGGACUAUCCAAUCAGCUGUCUUGAUGGAGAAAGGAUAUCGUUGUGUGCUGGAGAAUUCUGUAGUGUGUCUUGAUCCCUCAGCUCAGGUUGUUUGUAAUAUCAACCCUCUACCAUUCAAGAGGGAAGAGAGCUAUAGGAUAUCAGUCACUGACAAGAUGGUGACGAUCGUUGCUGCUGAUCUUCCUGGUCUAUGGCAUGCAACAAGUACGUUUGUGCAGCUGGUUCAGCUCUGUCAUAAGGAAGGCAUUCCACAGCUUGAAAUCUCUGAUUGGCCUAGUAUCAAGCAUAGAGCUGUCAUGUUAGACUUGUCUGCUGGCAGAGUCCCAAGGAUGGAUACUCUACUUCAACUUGUGAAUAGUUUUGCUCAGCUGAAAUACAACGAGCUUCAUCUGUACGUGAAAGCAUACAAGGAUAGUCCUAUACACGACACCAUGCCAUACUCUGGAAGUGAGUUGCUUGACCUGGAAGUGUUUUGUCAGUGGAGGUUCAUCAAGCUGGUUCCUCACAUUGAUCUCAUGGAAGGUGGUGACCUUUCACCUCCACUCUUCUCUAUCUUCCAACAAGUCCUCUCAAGAUUUGGAUCCACCAGGGUUGUGAAUAUUGGACCCAAUUUGACUAGGAAACUGUUAGAUUCCGUUCCUCCUCCAAGCCCUCGUCCAGAGACACCUCAAGAUGAUAAUAGCUCAGCAGAUCAGUCGAAGACAUCUGAUUCUACUCUGAAGAAAGAAACAUCAGAAACUAAGACAGAGGAGACGGGAGAGAUUACAACUGAAGCAGAAGAAGCCAGAGAGGAUGAGAUGGAAGCUCCCAGACCCUCACCAUUCAUCCUAAGCAUUCAGGAUCAGCUGAGACUGAUAGGCAUUGGAAGCAAUCAAACACCUCUCUUCUGUGCUAACGUCAUCUCUGUUUAUGAGACAAGCUUCAGACAACUUCCCAUUGGAAGUGUAGCUAUGUGGUAUGGCUCUAAGAGCAAUUCUGACUUUAAGAAAGCAGGAAAGAAGCUUCUAGGAAACGGACAAGGUUUCUAUGUGUGCCCUGGAACAGGUGUCUGGAAUAGUUUGGGUGGUGCUCCUGAAGGGUCGAUCUGUAACAUAUCUCAUGCCAUCAAGACAGCUACCACCAACCCUAAUGCUAUAGGUCUCUUGCUCACUAACUGGGCUGGUUGUACAUACUCUAAUCAUCCAGUACUUAGUUGGCCAGCAUACAUCUCAGCAGCAGGUCUUUCAUGGAAUGCAUCUACUUCUCUGGACUUUCUCCAUGGCAACCUUUCAUCGUUGAUAAAUCGUCACAUCCUUCAGGAUCCUGACUCACCUCUAGGUGAUGCUAUCCUUGAGGUGGGUCGUAUUGAUACCUAUCUCACCAAGGCAUCCCUCAAUCAACUAGAUCUACCUGUCACGGACAAAUCCGUCAUAAUACCUGCCAAAGAGGGCUCUUUCCUCUGUCGAAUCAUUCAGGAGACGGACAACAUUGAUCUGGAGUUCAUCACAAUUGAGAUCAUAAACAAUGCUAUGCGCAGGAUACGGAAGAGUCAGUCGUCUGUGAAUGCUGUGGAUAAACUCAAGCUAGACAGAAGAGUCUACAUACAAGUUCAUCUCACUCUAGACUUGAUGUUCUGGGCUUGCAAGAUGGUGCGAGCUUUAUUGAUUGCUGGUAAGAAACCCAAUCAUGCUCAGAGUGGUUUCAAUGUCAUCAAUGUAGGACUUGCCAACCUAUCUGCAACCACCAAGACAGAUUCAGCUAAUAAAUUGCUGAGUAUGAUGGAGGAGUACAGGACAGUUUGGUUGGAUCAGUGUUAUCAGCCUGGUCUGGGGGCUUCAGGAAUGUUCUUCAAAGAUGUUCUCAAGCAUCUUGUACCAGAGGGCACUGAGAAAACAGAAGAUUAGAACUUCAAGGAUGUACUUCACAAAGUCAUUUAUCAGAUAACGGGGAUAACAGAAGAUAAUUCUUGCAAUUACUUCCCAGGUUUAUAUUUUGAUUGAGAAUAUAUUUAUGGUUUUAUAUUUCCUAUGAUUUCACAUAGUAGUUUGGAUACCAAAUGCUUAUAUUUUCACUUAAAAGAUGAAAUUGCACUACUUGAUAGUGAUAAUAAUGAAUUAUAAAUGGUAUGAAUGUAACUUUUCCAUUGCUGUAUAUUUUAUUUAUGCUUUUGGUUAAAUGUGUAGUUCAGUUGGUUGUACAGUGGGUUUUGGUUCAAGCAAAUCAUCUUAACCUUUUCUCGUUAUGUCAUGAGACAUAACAAUGCUCCGUUUAAUAAAACUAAGCAUUAUAAGUCAAAACUUGUUAAACAAUUGUUCAAUAUGUUGUGGCACUAAAGAAGUGCAUGAGCAUGGCAACCUGGUGCAAGAACAUUGUAAAGCCUUUUCAUUUGGAGAAGGAUAAAUAUAGAUAAUCUUAUAUUCUUACAUUUAUAAAUACUGAAAAGUUGUUGAAUUGGAGGGGAAUUUGGUGUUUUAGUUUUUUGUGAGUACUGUAGAUACAAGUGCUUGAUAUUGGUACUGAUAUUUGUUUUACCUGACUGUUUACAAUGAACCCAGGACCUUCCUGUUCCAGGACCAAUGUGCUUGUCCACUGAGCCAUCCACCAUGCCUCCAUGCCUGUAGUGCUUGUUUAUCUUUUCAAUGCUAAAGGCAGUUCCAACCACCAAAAUAAAUGGAACAAACAAGAGCAUUUUUAUCCUGAAAUUCAUGUAAACUGGUCCCAUAAAAUGAUCUAUGUGAUACAUGUCUGUCCAAAUUUGUGGCGUUGUAUGGUUAUCAAAUAUGCCUUGAAAUAAUUAUUUCAAGAAGCCUAAUGGAUCAUAAUUAUCAGUGUAGUUAAGAUGCUGCAAUUCUCUCAUUCCCCAAGACUUAACAUUGGAACCACCUGGUAUCUGCAGCUAGUGAGUUUGUGUAAUAUCUAGGUAUAUUUUUUGUGGAUAUUUGUUUGCUGAAGGUAAUCUUUAUUUCCAAUGAUAGGUAUAUUGGAGUGACUGGAAUAUCUAUAUAGUACAGAAUACAUCUUUAAAGGCUGAUUACGAUCAAUUUAUUCUAUUUAUUCAUGGUUUUAAAAAGUUUACUGCAUAGUAUUAAAGUGACUACUGAUUUGAACUCACCAGAAAAAUGUAGAAAUUUUCUAAAGUAAUGAAAUUUGAAGGAGAAAAACAAAUCUUGUCAUUUUAAGAGGAGUUUAGAAAACACCUUGAAUUUUGAUAUAUAUUAGUUGUUGAUAUGCAUUGAAAGAACAUUAGCUUCAUUAGUCAACAACAGAUAUUAGGAAUUACUCCAAAGAGUAUAUUGUUUAUGUACAUAAUGAUAAUUCCCUUGGCUCUGGGCUUUUUUCUUUCUUUAUAUAUUUUAAUAGUGCAAGCUGGCUGAAGUGGCUUAAUUCAAGAUCAUAGUUUGUAAAUAUUAUUUGGAUUAAUCGAAGGUAGCCUUUGAAAAUUGUAUCUCUCUCUGAAUGAAUAAUUCGAAAAAAUUGCAUUAAAAAUGUACUGUUUGAAAUUCUUUCUUAAUUAUGUGAGUAAAGUGAAUGUGGUAUUUAAUUAAGAAAGUGCCUUAUCAGAUUAUGAAAAUAUAAGCCAUUUCCAUUCUAUAUUACAUGCAUGUUUCUCUCCCUUCCUCCUUCUCAUUACAAGAACGUCAUAUCUCCUUCAUCUUGUGUUUGUGUCUCUCUUUCUCCUACUUUAGGAGACGGUAGACUGUGAUUUGAGUUUACACUUAGUUUUGAUUAGUCUUUGAUCUUCAAAUGAAGCAUUGCCAGCUAAAUCUGAGUUACAGUACUAGCACAGUGAAAUUUACUGCAUUGAAUUGAAAAUAAGAAAUAAUCGCAUGUAAUACUUAUUCCCUUUUCUAUUGUUAUUCACUUGAAUGGGAUUUGCUGUGAUAGGGAUAAUUCAAUAGUCAUGUCUUUUCUUUUUAGAUUAUAUGAAAAGAUUGUCUUGAAUUAUCUCCUUAAUCAUUAAUAUUCAGUGAUAUUGUAAACUGGGAAAUCACCUUCAUAAGCAAAUUUACAAAAAUAAAAAAAUAUUAUUGCACAGAUCAUCAUAUUACUAAAGAGGAACGGAUAUCCAUGUGUGAUUCAAAUCAAAUAAAUCAGACGGAAAUUUGUUCAAUCCGCUUAUAUAACAUGCUUUGCAAAAAUAUAUUUUCGUAUUUGAAAAUUUGUUUUGGGAGAUGUAUGAUCCUAGUAAAUCUAGACUAUUAUUAUUAUUAUAAUUUGAAUGGAAGUAAGUUAUUCUUAGUACAGUAUUCAGUGUAGCCCAUGUCAAACAUUCUUGAAAGAUUAAUGAGAGAUUGAUGCUUUUUAUUAUUUGUAAUCUCUAUGUUAUUCUAAAUAACAACGUUCAUAAUUCACAAGCAAUGUAUAAUUUGAGUGCAUCUACAAAGUCUUUCCGUUUCUUUAAUGAUAGGUUAUGUGGAGAAGCUUCAAGUAUUUAUGUAAAUUGUAGUAAAGGUAGACAAAAUAAAAUCAAUUUUAUAAAGCUGCUAAUGGCAAACUUGCUAUCAAUAUAAAUACAAGAGUUUACAUUUUAUAUGAACAUUUAUGCUUGUCAUCUUAAACAAAUCUGAUGAAUAAAGUAUUUCCAAUGAAUGAGUAGCAAGAAAUAUUCAAUAAAGUUUAUAUAUAUAUAUUGACAUACAUAUAUAUAUUUGAUUUAUUGUUU